AAUUGAAGUUGAAAUGACAUGAUGUCAUAUUUUUAUUAUUGUGUCGGUGGUCACCCCUCUCUCACUAGCACUAUAUCGACACACAGACACUGAGAAAGUAGUCUAAAAAAUCGAGGUUACUUUGAGCCCAUGGCCGCAGCUUUGUCUUCCUCAUUUCCUUUUCUGAUUUUUGCAAGAUUUUCAGCUUGUUUAGUUGCACUUCUUGUAGUAAUAUGGCCUCUUCACUUCAAGGAUAGCUUCAUUUCUCACUCCCCAUUGCAGGAAGACCACAUUUACGCUGUUAUGCACCCUUUGCUAAUGGUGAUCGGCUUCAUCCUCAUCAGUGGAGAAGCCAUUUUGGUGCACAAAUGGUUGCCUGGUUCAAGAAAUUUGAAGAAAUUGGUGCACCUGUGUCUACAAGGUGUGGCUUUGGCAUGUGGGAUUUUUGGGAUUUGGACAAAAUUUGAAGGGCAAGAAGGAAUUGUUGCUAAUUUUUACAGCUUGCAUUCAUGGAUGGGAGUAGUUUGUAUUAUCCUGUUUGGGGCUCAGUGGUUGUUUGGAUUCAUGAGCUUUUGGCACAGGGGCGAGGUACGAACGACAAGGCUAAAGGUGCUUCCUUGGCAUGUCUUCGUAGGUUUGUACACAUAUGGUUUAGCAGUGGUGACAGCUGAGACAGGCCUUCUUGAGAAGCUCACUUUCUUGCAAACUUUGGGAAACUUGUCUAGGCGUUGCCCGGAGACGGCGCUUGUCAAUGCUUUAGGCCUCGGCUUGGCCCUGCUCAGCAGUGUUGUCAUUGUUGCAGCACUUACACCAACCCACCCAACUCUCUUCCAACUCAAAAACAAUGUUGUUGUUGCUUUCUAAUAAUGCCAAUGCUUCUCUUCUUCAUUGUACAAUUCACUUUGCAUCAUGCCUUGUCUACUUUCCCGAUUUUGAAAUACAACAUUUCGUCUCAUCAAACUCAA